UUAAAUUUGAUAUUUUAUUAAUCAAAUUAAAAAAUUCUAAAAUUAAAUGGGUCAAUCCAUCUAAAAAUAACAAAAUUAGAAAAAUAGCCUACUCCUAUCCUCCCGACCCAGCUCAAUCCAAGUCUAUAAAAGCUACAACAUCUAACCCUUGAGUAGGGUUUUCAAUAACGAUCAGCACCUCCUAUUUUCAGCUUCCGCCCUAUGCCUCCUCAUGCACUAUGUUUUCUUUUGUGAAUUUCAGUUUCCUCCUUCAAUUUCUUUAGGUGAUAAAUAUUUUACCAUAGUGUGCUUUGGAUCAAGAUUUUCUCAGUUUGCAGAAAUGAGUGAACUUUUUUUCUCUCCUUAUUGUUUGCCUCUUCUCAUUGCUCUGAUAUAUAAUUUUUGUACGUUGCUCAUUUGUUCUCUCCAGUGGAUGGGAAUGUGUUCAUCCUUUUGUGCUGCUUUGAGUGAUUCAGUCAACUGUAUAUGUUACCUCCUCCGACUAUCAAGCGUGUCUGUGAAAGACUAAGAAGGGAGUGGGUGACGUUCAAUCCACUUAGUCAAAGACUCCCUUGUGAUAAGAUCUUCCCAAAGGAUCAAGUGGGCUUCCAUAACACGCACCAAGGUGAAGACCGAACCUCAUGUGAGCUACAAGGUAAAAAUGUUAUCUCCAACACUCCUAUAAACUUAGAAUGUUGUGAUGUGGCUAGUAGUAGUCAAGUGGGUGUAGUUGCUGGUUUGCCUAGAUAAAAAGGACGCGAGUUUUCCCUUUGUGAUACUCUUGAUAUUGCUAGGUUGCAAGAAGAUCCAAUUCUUAUUGUAAGUAAGCAAGCACUAGUUGAUCCUAUAAAUGACAAAAUUGAUUCUUCUUGUAAGAAUGAUUUGUGUCCAUCUAGAACUAGAACUUAUAACUUGAAUAAGGUCUCAUUGACAUGUGAUGAGAGUAUUCACACACUAGUUGACCCUUAUGAAAAUCAAUGUGAGUCUACGUUGGUAUGUGAGUUGCCAACAACUAGUGAUGGUGUACAUAAUGAUCAACUUACUCAUGAAUGUAAUCCACUACUUGAGCACGUGUAUUAUGUGUUUGAUGAGUCUCAAGCUAGUGAUGAUGUUAAUAGAGUUGAUCAUAAGGUUGGAGAUGAUUCUUUGAGUAUAAUGUGUGAUGAUAGCCUCUUUAUUAGUUUUGCUCAUAGAAAUCAUGUAAGUAAAAGUGUUGUGAAGAAUGACAUGCAUAUUUUUUAGAGAGAACUUGUAGGCCUUAAAUCCUUACCUUUGAAUAGCAAUCAACUCUCAAAGAAAAGUCUCUUGUGUGAUUUUGGGAAUGGCACCCUCGAAAAAAGAAAGAAUAGUCGUGACACAUGUCUUUGUCUACUUCUUCCAUUUGACCCCGGUGCCCUAUUGGUGUGUGAAAAUUUCUUCAUACCCAACUUGAUGAUUGGUCAAGACGCCAAGCAUGACUUAAUAGUGAGUGUUGGUAUCCUUCCCUAUGAUGAAAAGUCUUACUUGUGGAUUUACAACCCACUUGAUAGACCCAAAUUGUGCAUAGGGGGAAUUUCCAACAAAGUUAAGUGUUCACUAAAGAAAGGGAGUAAUAAAAGGAACCAAGAGAGUUCACCUUUAAGUAUAUCCACUCUUGACCAAGGUAUCACUACUUGUAGGUCAAAGAAAGAGUUCCCCCUUGCCAACACUUCGAAUGAAUUCCCUUCUCAUGAUACCCUUCUUUGUGGCCUUGUGGUGAUGAAUGGCCCAUUUAUCAAAGACGGCUUCUUGAUUGAAAACUCGAGAGCAAUUGUGUCAUUGCCUCUUUGGGUUAUUAUUCAUAUACGUGCAUCCAUACUUGACACAUUUGAGCUUACGUUGUGUGGACCACAACUUGUGGAUGCCGAAUUGAGUUCUUAUUUGUGGAAAAGUCCAAGGAUGUUAAAGGCUUCUUGUUACCUUCAUGAGGUUGGACAAUUUGAAGUAUCUUAUGGGACUCUUGGGAGCAGGCUUAACAUUCUUAGUAGAGGGAAACAAAGUUCUUGGGAGAACUACUUGUCUUGGAUUGGUUUGUUGUGUGGUAGUUUCUCUAUUCUUCCUAAUGGCAUGACUCUCUUGAUGGAAUACUUUUCCUCGGGAAGUUUUUGGAAAAAGAGAGGUCUUAUGUGCUUGCAAUGUCUCUUUCUUUCUUUGUGUGUUCCUACUUGUGAAUACAUCUUUGAUAAGAAUAGUUUCAUUAGUACCUUUCUUCAUUACCUUUAUACAUAUGAUAAUGUUCCUAAUCUUGUUGAAUCUACAUCGUAUGUUGGAAUGAAUUGCCUAAAAGGAAGAAUUGUGGUGUGCCUAAAAGAUUUGACUCCAUCCUAGAGUGCUUUGUGUGCUAAAACUUUUAUGGUUGUUGACAUCCCUUUUGAUAAUAGCACCUUGGAGGAGACUUCCAUGUUCAAUUCCUUUCUAUACUACCUUUUUGCUUAAGAUGAUAUCUAUGCUAGGCUUAGAUUUACCUUAUUUAGAGGUAGGGAGUCUCUUGGAAGUUCCACUUGGUUGAGUAGUCAUGCUACAAGGAUCAUUCGUGUCCUUGACCCCGUGAGACCUUUAUGGAUGUGUGAACUAUUGACACCGUUCUUGGUGUGGACUACUAAAGAGAUAAAGGAAUAAUUGUGUCUUAUGGUUCCUAUGAAGAAGGUAUUCUUACCUUUGGAGAUUGAUGAUGCCAUUUUGACCUUGGUAGUUUCAUUAUCUCUUGGUGAUUGUCAUAGCCACUCCCUUUAUGACAUUGUUACUAAUCUUUUCAUGUUAAAAAUAAAGGACUCUGAUUAUAUUUCAAGUGUGUACCACCUUGGCAUGCUGAUGUUAUUUGUUGCACUAACACUAACCCUCAUGCCAUGAAGAUGUUGUGUUUGUUUGUCCUCUCUUUGAUUUUGCAAGGUAUGGAUUCGAGGUCGAAUCCUUUUCAAGAAGGAGAGGAAGAUACGAGCCAAAUGACCACCACAGCUUUUGAUAACAGCUUGAGAGGCCACCAUACAUGAAAACUCAAGGUUUGGCCACCUCGAGGACAUAAGAGCAUGCAUGGAGGGCCCGUCUUGAACACACCAAAAGGCAAUUUCGUGUGUGGAAGGUUGCUUGGGGCUUGCCUUUGAUGCCUACCCAAGAGUAAAAUGGAACCCACGGCUUUGGAGAAUUGAAGAGCUUUCAAACACUCCAAAACCACCCCUCUAAUUAAGG